UUCGAUUCUUUGAACACAACAGAGAAUCUUUUUCUUCAUUUGACGGGAAGCCACCACAUCUGUGGCGGCGUUUCCGUGUUCUUUACGUUAUCUCUUUAUCUUCCACAUAAAACCACAUUUUAUCUUCUUCAUAGACAAGUUCUUAUCUCUCCUUCCCCUGCUUUAUCUCUCUCUCUCUGUCUGUAUAAGCAAACCGACAAGAUGACGAUUACAUCAAGUAUCUCUGUCCAAAACGACAACCUUGUUGUCCAAGGGAAGACUAUCCUCACCAAAAUCCCUGACAACAUUAUCCUUACUCCGGUCACCGGUUCUGAGUUAGUCUCCGGCGCUUUUAUUGGCGCAACUUUUGAACAAAGCAAGAGUCUUCAUGUGUUCCCCAUCGGUGUCUUGGAGGGUCUUCGGUUUAUGUGUUGUUUCCGGUUUAAACUAUGGUGGAUGACACAGAGAAUGGGAACCUGUGGGAAAGACAUUCCUUUAGAGACACAGUUCAUGUUAUUGGAGAGUAAAGAUGAGGUUAAUGGUGAUGAUGCUCCUACUGUUUAUACUGUCUUUCUACCUCUACUUGAAGGCCAGUUCAGAGCUGUUCUGCAAGGAAAUGAGAAGAAUGAGAUUGAGAUUUGUCUUGAGAGUGGUGAUAAGGAGGUGGAAACUAGUCAGGGAACACACCUUGUUUAUGUUCAUGCUGGGACUAAUCCCUUUGAAGUUAUCACGCAAUCCGUAAAGGCUGCAGAGAGACACAUGCAGACAUUUCAUCAUCGUGAGAAGAAGAAGCUACCUUCUUUUGUAGACUGGUUUGGCUGGUGUACAUGGGACGCGUUCUACACAGAUGUGACUGCAGAGGGUGUUGAUGAGGGUCUUAGAAGUCUUUCAGAAGGAGGUACACCUCCUAGGUUUCUGAUCAUAGAUGAUGGUUGGCAACAAAUAGAAAACAAAGAGAAAGAUUCAAACUGCGUUGUCCAAGAAGGAGCACAGUUUGCUACUAGGCUAGUUGGUAUCAAGGAGAAUGCAAAAUUCCAGAAAAAUGAUCCUAAGGACACGCAAGUAUCAGGGCUUAAGAGUGUUGUUGAUAAUGCAAAGCAGCGUCAUAAUGUCAAGCAAGUUUACGCGUGGCACGCUUUAGCUGGCUACUGGGGUGGAGUGAAACCCGCUGCUUCCGGUAUGGAACACUACGACAGUGCAUUAGCAUAUCCAGUCCAGUCCCCAGGUGUCUUAGGGAACCAACCAGAUAUAGUCAUGGACAGCCUCGCGGUUCAUGGUCUUGGUCUUGUCAACCCUAAGAAAGUGUACAACUUCUACAACGAGCUGCACUCCUACUUAGCCUCUUGUGGUAUAGAUGGAGUCAAAGUUGAUGUGCAGAACAUCAUUGAAACUCUUGGUGCUGGUCUUGGUGGGAGAGUGUCUCUAACACGCAGCUACCACCAGGCCUUAGAAGCUUCCAUUGCUAGGAACUUUAAAGAUAAUGGGUGCAUUUCUUGCAUGUGUCACAACACGGAUGGGUUGUAUAGUGCGAAACAGACUGCUAUUGUUAGAGCGUCUGAUGAUUACUAUCCUAGAGAUCCUGCUUCUCACACUAUACACAUAGCAUCAGUUGCUUAUAAUACUCUUUUCCUUGGAGAGUUUAUGCAACCUGACUGGGAUAUGUUCCAUAGUUUACACCCAACUGCAGAGUACCAUGCUGCAGCACGUGCAGUAGGUGGAUGUGCAAUCUAUGUCAGUGAUAAGCCAGGCAACCACAACUUUGAUCUAUUGAGGAAGCUGGUUCUUCCUGAUGGUUCUGUACUUCGUGCUAGGCUUCCUGGUAGGCCAACACGUGACUGCUUAUUCGCUGAUCCAGCUAGAGAUGGAAUCAGCUUGCUUAAGAUUUGGAAUAUGAAUAAGUUUACUGGUAUAGUUGGUGUAUUCAACUGUCAAGGUGCUGGUUGGUGCAAGGACAUAAAGAAGAACAGGAUUCAUGAUAAUUCUCCUGGUACACUCACUGGUUUGGUCCGUGCGGAGGAUGCUGAUCUUAUCUCUGAAGUGGCUGGUCCUGAUUGGAGUGGAGAUUCAAUAGUCUACGCUUACAAAUCAGGGGAGCUGGUUAGACUACCAAAGGGUGCCUCCAUCCCUCUCACUCUCAAAGUCCUUGAAUAUGAACUCUUCCACAUCUCUCCUUUGAAGGAAAUCACUGCAAGCAUCUCGUUCGCACCUAUUGGACUCUUGGACAUGUUCAACUCAAGUGGGGCUAUUCAGUCUAUGGAUAUCAAUACCGUGACAGACCAAAAACCUGAGGUCACUUCUUCUUCAGUGGUCAGCGAAAACCGUUCUCCAACAGCUCUGAUCUCUCUCAGCAUUAGAGGUUGUGGUCGUUUUGGAGCUUUCUCUUCUCAGCGUCCACUAAGAUGUGCCGUUGAUAGCACCGAGACUGAGUUCAACUACGAUGCAGAGGUUGGACUUGUGACGUUGAAUCUGCCUUGGACGAAGGAAGAAAUGUUCAGAUGGCAUGUUGAGAUUCUGGUGUAAGCGAGAGAAGCCUUGGUGUACUUGUUGGCUCGGGUUAUUAUUCUUUUACUACCAUUUUGUUAUUCAGCAUGUUGUAUUGUUGUUAUAGAUGUUUUGUAGUAGUGGACUAGUAGUAUCUUCGCUUGUAAUAAAUGUAAUCUUGUUCUGUCCUUGUAGUUCUUUUGGUUCAAGAUGAAAUGGUCA